CCAUCCUCCAGGUUCAUGCUCACACGAACCCCCGGGGGAGGCCCGCACGGGUGGCCUUGACCAGAGCAACGCCGCUGUUACGGUGAGGUUCGCAUCCCGCGUCUGGCAACUUCCCUGCUUGCCGCCGAACACUCCACGCGGGCCUCGCCCACAGUAAGACUGCAACACCGAAGACUUCCGACGCUCAACAGCUCGAAAGUUGAAACAGUCCUGAUCAGAACAUGGUCAACCCAGUUCUUCCAGAGCCGGGAGAGGCAGCCCAACCGCAGCCGACACCGCCUUUGCCCGUCAGCCGGCCCGACUCAGUGCUCGUCCUAGGCGGCGGUGUAGCGGGUCUCGUCACGCUCCGCAACUUCCUCAAGCCCGAUCUGUCGUCGUCGUCUAGCCAUAGCACGAGCGAGGCAACGGGAGAAAACGGCCGAGACCGCCAGGAACAUGGUCAAGGCCUGCAGCGCAAGGGAGAGCCUUUUGAGCACGUCGAGCUGUGGGAGCGACGGGAUCAACUUGGUGGUGUAUGGUAUCUAGACGAACAAGUAGCAUCGCACGAGAAAUCGGUCACGCCGUACGCAACGCAAGGCCAGUGGCCUGUACCCGUACCCAUAUCGGCGUCCGCGCCCGACUCUGGGCAGGCAACAACUUCCAAGUCGAUCUCAGUAUCAAAUACCACCCCUUCCUCUCUGCAACCUCAAGCCCAUCCUCAUCGCCCUACCUGGCCCUCUCCCGCCUACCCCCAACUGCGUGGUAACGUCCUGCCGCGCUUCCUGUCGUACUCGUGCGCCAAGCCGUUCCCGCCGCCAGCGAAUGGCGAGCCGUUCCCCACACUCGCGGAGACACACGCGUACCUGCUGGGGUUCGCGCGCGAGCAUGGGUUACUGGGCGAUGGGAGUGGUGAUGCAACCGGCGGUAGAAUCAAGACGGGCCGAGAGGUACUCGGCGCCUGGGAGUUACCGCCGACGCGUCACGAGAACGAGAGUGCGGCAGCAGGCGGGCCGCACCCCAAGUGGCGAUCAGCAGGCUGGCUUGUCCUCUCGCGCCAGUGGCCCACCGGCGCUUCAGCACAAGCGGACGCGCCACUCGAACCGACCCUGCAUAUCGACCACUUUUCUCAUCUUGCCCUCUGCACGGGAUGGUACGACUACCCCAUUUACACGUCGCGUGUGCCUGGCUUCGAAGAGGCCAAGGCACGCGGGUUCGUGCACCAUGCAAAGUGGUACCGAGGCCCCGAUGCGUAUUGCUCUCGUUCAGGAAUGAACACUGCAUCUCCGACACCACUUGGCGGCAUUGCUACAAGUGGUGUCAAUGGCACGAAUGGGUUCAGCCACGUACACACAAGGGAGAAGAGGAUCGUCAUUGUUGGCAACGGUAAUUCCGCCAAUGACAUUGCAGCGCACAUCGCGCAAAUGUAUCCCGACCCCGGGCAUAGCGUCAGCGGCAACCGUACCGGGAAAGACCAGCCCACCGCGGACGCCGCAGCGGCUGCUGUCCCGCGCGUCUACAGGAGCAUAAAGCAUAAAGCGCUGGAUAUCUUCGUCAACUUACCUGAUCCGCGUAUCAAGGAUGUCGCGCCUAUCAAGGCAUAUCACUUGCGAGAGCACAGCGAUGCAGCGCGACGAGGAGAUGCAACCGGAGGCACGGGGACGGACACACUCGAUCUCGAGCUGGAGGACGGCACGUUCCUACGCAAUGUCGAUACCGUCAUCCUUGGUACCGGUUACGAUGGCUUUCGCUACCCAUUCGUGCAUCUUCUCUCGCCAUCUCGGAGUGCGGGAACAGAGCUUCACCUUCAAAAAUGCGACACGAUCCGCAAGCGUGCUGCAGAGCUCGUGGACGCAAGCCGCGAUGACGUGCAGCGGGCUUGGGCGCACUUCGUCCAGCAAGUAAGCGAGAGGGGCAUCCUGGCCGAUUACGCCGCGAGCGCAGGAGGCGCGAAUGCCCCGCGCACAGCACGUGAACUGCAGCAUUUACUUUGGGCCGAACCGCUGGACGGUGGCGAUGCUGCAGUCGGCGCGUUUUGGGCACCUAUGGAACAGACUUCUUCGCCGACUUUUGCCGAGCCAGCAGCUGCGCGUCCGAACGGUGCCGAUGGAUCUGCAGCAUCUCACACACCAUCUCCAACUGGACACAACCCAACAUGGGCGGGCGAAGAUGCGGUAACCUGGACGCCGCCGCGCGUCGGCGGUCUGUACCGGCAUUGCCUGUUGGCGCGCAAUCCAUCGCUCGCGUGUAUCGGUCUCAGCGUGUCCUUCACGCCUUUCACAUCCACAGACACCUACAGCUGGCUCGUCCGUUCCAUCUGGGACGGCAGCUCCGACGCCUUUCCCGAUUUCGAAGCCGGCGACGGCGACGGCAAAGCGCUGCUACGAGCACGACUGCAAGACGAAACGCAUCGCAUCUCCUUGCUCCGCGAGCGCGAGCGCGACGUCGUCGCGCUCGAACGCGAUUCAUUCGCCAGGUGGAAAGCGGACGGGUGCCCGCAGCGGCCGCUCGAGCACGUUCCGUCCGGCCUACUAGCGUACCAUGUCUUCGGCACCGAUGAAGCGGCGUGGAUGCGUCAGAUACGCAACGACGUUGUCAUUGCCAAGCCAUGGUUGGAUUUGGAGCUGGACGAUUGGACCGCGGAGAACAGGGAGAAGGUGCGAUUGGGCAUGUAUCGCAUCAAGUGGGAAAGCUUGGUCAAAGCGCGCGAGCGCAGGCUCGCGGAAAGCAAGGCGAGCGGCUCCACGAUCGCUCAGUAGGUGUGAUAGAGAGUAUGGCGAAGUGCAUAUCAGAUGCAUUAGAUUCCGGAGUAGAGUACAUGAUACAUUUACGGAGCGGUGAGCAAACAAGCAUUGCAAAACAACC